GAUCCGCCUCGAGUCAUGGAACCUAUUGGCCGCGAGGUCUUCGGGCCUCCUCCAGCCUGCUGGGAUUGGCUUGCUGCGCGUUGGCGCAACGGAAGAGGCGGCCAGCCGAGGGUGCGCCUCUGCUCCGGCUGGACUGCCGCGGAGGAGGCGAGGAGGAGUUCGGCGCUGGGGGGCUGGCUCGGGCGGCAGCGAAGGCUGCUGCGAAUGGGAACGGGCCGGCUCGGCGCGCCCAUGGAGCGCCACGGCAGGGCCGCCGACGCCUCCGCCUCGUCGGCUGGGGAGCCGGCGCCUGGGGGCCCCGAAGGGCGGCGGCGGGAGCCACUGCGGCGCCGGGCGAGCAGCGCGUCGGCGCCCGCGGUCGAGGCGGCGGCGGAGGGCGUGAGGCGGGUCCGGCCUGGCUCUUAUAGCGGCCCUGCCUCGGUGUCUCGCCAGCGCGUCGAAAGCCUGAGGAAGAAACGGCCGCUCUUUCCAUGGUUUGGCUUGGAUAUUGGUGGAACCCUGGUCAAGCUGGUUUAUUUUGAACCCAAAGACAUCACUGCUGAAGAAGAAGAGGAAGAAGUGGAAAGUCUUAAAAGCAUUCGGAAGUACCUGACCUCCAAUGUGGCGUAUGGGUCCACGGGCAUUCGGGACGUGCACUUGGAGCUGAAGGACCUGACUCUGUGCGGACGCAAAGGCAAUCUGCACUUUAUCCGCUUUCCCACUCAUGACAUGCCCGCUUUUAUCCAAAUGGGCAGAGAUAAAAACUUCUCAAGUCUCCACACUGUCUUUUGUGCCACUGGAGGUGGAGCGUACAAAUUUGAGCAGGAUUUUCUCACAAUAGGUGAUCUUCAGCUUUGCAAACUGGAUGAACUAGAUUGCUUAAUAAAAGGAAUUUUGUACAUUGACUCAGUUGGAUUCAAUGGACGGUCACAGUGCUAUUACUUUGAAAACCCUGCUGAUGCUGAAAAAUGUCAGAAAUUACCAUUUGAUCUGAAAAAUCCAUACCCUCUGCUUCUGGUGAACAUUGGCUCAGGGGUUAGCAUCUUAGCAGUAUAUUCCAAAGAUAAUUACAAGCGGGUCACAGGAACCAGUCUUGGAGGAGGAACUUUCUUUGGUCUCUGCUGUCUUCUUACUGGCUGUACCACUUUUGAAGAAGCUCUUGAAAUGGCAUCCCGCGGAGAUAGCACCAAAGUGGAUAAGCUAGUACGAGACAUUUAUGGAGGGGACUACGAGAGGUUUGGACUGCCAGGCUGGGCUGUGGCUUCGAGCUUUGGAAACAUGAUGAGCAAGGAGAAGCGAGAGGCUGUCACUAAAGAGGACCUCGCCAGAGCGACUCUGAUCACCAUCACCAACAACAUUGGCUCCAUAGCGAGAAUGUGUGCCCUUAAUGAAAACAGUGCCUACAUAGUCCUAUGAGGUGGGGUUUGUUUAAGGUGAGGUUAAAACUGCAAAUGCAGAUUAAUGUUACUGUUUUGUUUAACUGAAGACGAGCACUGCUGCUACAUGGAGUAAAACGGCAUCUUUAGGGGAGAAAGCGGAGGAUGGUAGUCAGUGUUCCAGGUGGGGACACUUGGGGGCGAUGAUGGAAGGCGCUGCUGAGUCCAGACUCCGUGCUCAUCGCGAACUCUUAGAUGCCUUGGGAAGGAAUCCAGAGGAAGGCACUGCAGCUGGGAGAAGACCGAGCCGGCGAGGAGUGGCCGCCCUGACCCCCCACCUCAGCAGACUGCGUCUUCGUGCUUUCAGCUUCUUUACAGUGCUGCCUUGUAGCAUUCAGGUCAAGCAGCAUUGUACAGGGCUAUGAAAGAACCAAGAACGCGCCCGGGGGAAGGGUCUGAGCUUUGCGGCUUGUCCUUGCUUACACAUUUGUGUUUCAGUUAUUCUUUAAGUAGGAAAUACGGGCCUGUGGCUUAAAAAUGAUGCCUCAGAAGGCACAAAAGGAUUUGUGUCACUUUUAUUUAAAGCAAUACUGUAUCAAUAUCUAAUCAUUAAAAACAACAUCUGAGUAUUAUAACA